GGGGUUUAGAUUAGUUCUUUUGAUUUGAUUUGAUUUGAUCUAGAAAAAGGGGGUUUAAUUUUGACUUUUGAAGAGGUUUUAAGCCACCAGUUAGGGUUCUUCUGUGCAGAAUCAUAAAGAGAAAUUUGACUUUCUUGCUUUUCACUUGUUGACUAGAAGAACACACAAGAAAAUUUUGUUCAAUAAAAGGGUCUUGUUUACUUUUGGCAACAUGGGUUCGUUUUGCACCAAGCUCAUUCCAUGUUUGGUUUCACCAAAUAAGGCAUCGAUUCUUGAAGAUCCUAAUGGUGGGAAUGAAGAGGAAGUUGGUAACUUGCCUGUGUUCAAAGAAUUCACCUUUGAGCAACUUAAAAAUGCAACAUCUGGUUUUGCUGUUGAAAACAUUGUAUCUGAGCAUGGUGAGAAGGCUCCGAAUGUCGUUUAUAAAGGGAAACUCGAGAAUCAAGUGAGGAUAGCGGUUAAGCGCUUUAACCGAUCGGCUUGGCCUGAUUCCCGACAGUUUUUGGAAGAAGCAAAAUCUGUUGGUCAACUCCGUAAUGUGAGGCUGGCAAAUCUUCUUGGUUGCUGUUGCGAACAUGAUGAGCGGCUACUUGUGUCCGAGUAUUUGCCCAAUAAUACGCUUGCAAAACAUCUUUUUCACUGGGAGUCGCAGCCGAUGAAAUGGGCAAUGAGGUUACGUGUGGUCUUACAUCUAGCCGAAGCUCUUGAAUAUUGUACAAGUAAAGGCCGUGCUCUUUAUCACGAUCUCAAUGCCUACAGAAUUUUGUUUGAUGAGGAAGGUAAUCCUAGACUUUCGUGCUUUGGUCUGAUGAAGAAUAGUCGGGAUGGGAAAAGCUAUAGCACGAAUCUUGCAUUUACUCCCCCCGAGUAUUUGAGAACCGGAAGAGUGACACCCGAAAGUGUGAUAUAUAGCUUUGGGACUCUUUUGCUUGAUCUUCUCAGCGGGAAACACAUUCCUCCAAGUCAUGCUCUUGACUUGAUAAGGGAUCGGAACCUUCAAAUGCUUACGGAUUCAUGCUUGGAAGGACAAUUUUCUAACGAUGAUGGAACCGAGUUGGUGCGUUUGGCUUCUCGUUGUUUGCAGUAUGAACCCCGAGAACGGCCAAAUCCAAAAUCACUAGUAGUUGCCUUGACUGCUCUUCAAAAGGAAACCGAGGUUCCGUCGUACGUGCUGAUGGGCAUCCCGGCAACGACUUCAUUCUCACCUCGAUCGCCACUUGGUGAAGCUUGCUUGAGAAUGGAUUUGACUGCAAUACAUGAAAUUCUAGAAACAAUUUCGUAUAAAGACGACGAAGGGCAAACAAACGAGCUCUCGUUUCAAAUGUGGACCGACCAAAUGCAAGAAUCGCUAAAUUCGAAGAAAAAGGGCGAUACCGCGUUCCGGCACAAGGAUUUCAAGGAUGCAAUAGAGUGCUAUUCUCAGUUUGUCGAGCACGGACCGAUGGUGUCGCCAACCGUCUUUGCUCGACGUAGUUUAUCGUACCUCAUGAACGACAUGGCUCAGGAAGCAUUGAGUGAUGCAAUGCAGGCUCAAGUCAUCUCGCCCGUUUGGCACAUUGCAUUGUAUCUACAAGCUGCCUCGCUUUUCGCCCUCAAAAUGGAAAACGAAGCCCAUGCCGCCCUCAAGGAGGGUGCAACGCUUGAAGCCAAGAGAACCGCAGCCUCCACCAACGGUCUGUGAUAUCUUUUGAUGUAAAUCUCUGCCAUUUCUCGUCGACUUGAAAUGUUUGACUUUGACUGGAUGGUCAAACGCACCGCCUUCAUAACGAUCCGAGAAAGUGAAGAUUUUGCCCUUUUUUCUUUGUCGAUUUCGGGUUUUCAUUUUUUCAUAUAUUAUGAGUAAUUUGUGUUACUGGGAAUAGAAAAAUUGCAUUCUUUUGUUGAAGAUUUGAAUGUAAAGCAAGAACUCGGUUGACUCUA